AUGAAGAACGCACAACACCUGGUGAAGAGCUUGGUGUGCCAGCGUGGCGGCACUUAUCAUGCAUUACAAGUAAACUACUGCAUACACGUUGCGAGGACACUACCCGCUCACACAUCAUGA